UAGGUAACAAAUACAACCACAAGCAAACGACCCCUAAAUAAAAUAAGACACACCAACCGAUAGUAGCAUAGCCCACAACUUUGUAGAACAAAAUUCAGAAGUGAGCGAAAUGAAUGCAGCACCGCAAGAAACGCCAAUUCACACGACAGCACGGGAGAAAGAAACACAUGGACAUGCAGGAUGCAGCCACGUGUCCUACAGUAAUUCGACCAUCGUUCGCAUUUUCCGCCAAAUGAUUAGUCCCCUUCUUUUCCCAUCCGUCGCUUUCCUUCCCCAAACUCCAAUCACAACCCCCUCCUCACGGAUUUACAUGAUCGAACAAAAAGAAUCAGAGAAAAGGGCAAUGGAAUCGACUCAAAAGUUGCUGUUUCUCACCGAAGAAAUCCAGAAGUUAAUAGAAGAGAAGAAGAACGAAGAAGAAGAAGCCUACGCCGAUUCCAUCUCCUUGGACGACAAAGAUCGCCCUAUUCUCUCCAGAUUACUCGCCGAGUUGGAAUCGCUGAAAGGAGAAGGGACGCUCAAACAACCCGGGUCAUCGGAGGCAAGCUCUCCACGAGGCGGAGAAAGCAGGUUGAGAAACCGGAAACCAGGUUCCGGCCGGAAUAGCAAGGAAACCGAUGCAGACGAGGAGCUAGUGAAGGAGAUUAAGAAGGUGAAGAGGCAGAACUUCAUCACACACUGCCUGCUUUCUGCUUUGAUCGUCGUGACGGUGGCCUGGCAAGUCUCCGAGGUGUCCAUCGCCUUGGCCGUCAAGGACAAACUGAGCCAUCCCGUGAGGUCGUUGCUGAGCAGCUUCUUUCCGCGCAGGGAGCAGGACGGGGAGAAGAAACAUUCCGCUGAGGAGUCCGAUUCGAUCAAGAUCCCCGAGCUUCCCCACGUAGAGUUUCGGUUCAAUGGUGAAGACAAGUGGUAGCAACCAAGCUUGCAUCCAUGGCGCCCGUAGCUUUUUGCUGUGUAUUUGUAUCAACCCAUUUGUAGUCUUUUCUUUUUCUGCAUUUGGCGAAGACUGGGCAGAAUGCUGUCGCUUCUGUACGCCAGGCUGCUUAUACAUAUUUUACUCGACCCAACUCCAAAAAGCAGGAGGGGCAAUGAUGUAAAUCCUCGUCCAAGUUGCUCAAAGUCGUCUGUUCCAAUGAGCGUUGAGCAACUUGUCACCUGUGAAACAUGACUAGAACAAUGAAAUUAUUACAACUGCAGCUAUAACAACUCCCAGCAAGACCUGCUCCCUCUUUGUUCUGCAUUCACUUCCACCAACUGAAUAGCUAGC